AUCCUUAGAUGCGCAUAAAAAUACAUCUCGCUUUUCCACAGAACAUGAUAGGAUUCAAGAAUGGUAAUCAACCCACCAGUAUUCUUUCCAUGCCAACUCCCUUGACAUCCCCUUUUUCUUAAUAAAUCUCCCCUCUCUCUCUCCCCGAUUCAGUUUUCUUGGCUUUUAUCAUCUUGGUUUUCAGUGCUCACUGCCUCCCAGAUUCUCUUUAAGUUUCCCAGCAAUUAGCAGCAAACUUCAACCUAACUUCACAUGAGACACCCUUAACUAGGAGUUGAUGGUGAUAGUUUAGAUUGUCGCACCACUUCUUGUAUAAAUACUUCUUUCGCCAUAUAUUUUGUUUUCUCCUUGAUCCUGAUCAAUUUCAUACCUUCGUGCUACAGCAUUAGGGUCUUUAUUCCACUUCACUCAUCCUUUCCCCGUCCAUAUUUAUCUGCACUACUAAAGGAAGCAAGCAAAAAAAAAAAAGGAGGUUCACAAUGAGUGACAGUUUCUCUGAUUUUUUGGAUAGACCUGAAUUUUGCGACGCUAACUUGCACGGAGACGAUCUCUUCGCUAUUUUUGAGAGCUUAGAUAGCGUAACAGAGUUCCCUCCAGUUGCACCAUCGGACGAAGUUGUUGUGAGCUCAAAAGAAAGCGAAGAAAAGACGAGGCUGUUAUCCCAGAAGUCUACAUGUUCUAGUGCUCUGCUAGAAUCUGAAACUGAGAUCGAAACUUCUCCAAAGAGCAAGAGACAAAAGACCACAGCAACUUCUCCAGAGGAACUGGUAAACCCAGAUGGCCAGCAAAAGAUAUCUCAUAUUACAGUGGAGCGCAACCGGAGAAAACAAAUGAACGAGCACUUGUCUGCUUUGAGAUCGCUCAUGCCUUGCUUCUAUGUCAAGAGAGGAGACCAAGCAUCAAUAAUCGGAGGUGUUGUUGAUUACAUCAAUGAGUUGCAGCAAGUUCUACAAUCCCUUGAGGCCAAGAAGCAAAGAAAAGUUUACAGUGAAGUACUCAGCCCCAGGGUAGUGUCAAGUCCAAGACCCUCACCACUUAGCCCUAGAAAACCACCGCUGAGUCCUAGACUUAAUUUACCUAUAAGCCCAAGAACCCCACAACCAGGUAGCCCUUACAGACCAAGGUUACAGCAAGGCUACCUCUCCCCCACCAUGGCCAGUUCUCUCGAACCAUCCCCAACUUCUUCUUCUUCCUCCAUAAAUGACAACAAUGAACUGGUUGCAAAUUCCAAGUCUGCCAUUGCCGUUGUGGAGGUUAAGUUCUCUGGCCCAAAUGUUCUAUUGAAAACAGUAUCUCCCAUGAUUCCCGGUCAAGCUGUAAAGAUUGUUUCUGCCCUGGAGGACCUCUCGCUCGAGAUCCUACAAGUGAGCAUGAACACUGUCGAUGAGACCAUGCUUAACUCCUUCACUAUCAAGAUUGGAAUUGAAUGCCAACUUAGUGCAGAGGAGCUCGCUCAGCAAAUCCAGCAAACAUUCUGCUAAUUAGUAUAGAUUUAUUGAAGCUUCAAGAGUCAGCCUUCUAAUUUUCUCUCUUUAUCUUGAAGAUGCAUGUAGUAAUAAGGAAACUUAGGGAGGCAUUUAUCAGCAUUGCUUUUAGCAAGUGUAAUUGUAGAUCAGUCUCAUAACCUCUAGUGGGUAGUUAGUCGUUAGCUGGCUAGGUUAAGGUAGUAUUUUGCAAUUGAGCAUUCUCAAUUCUCAAGUUUUAUUUUAAUUAAUGUGCGAAUUCAAUUUCUAAUUUCUGAGUCUUAUUCCUUGUAAUUAAGUUUUAUCA